AUACCUCUUUUGAAACAUAUUUACAAUAUAUGUUCAGAAAUUCUUCACACAAAUUGUUACAUUCUUUUGUCAAAUUAGUUUUUAUCCAAUUCCUUAUUUAAUUUAUUUUUCUACAGGAUGGUGAUGGCGACAAGAACUCUUCAUCUUUUUUGCUUGCUUGUUUGUUCUUUGGCCAUCAUCAAAUCUGAAUGUGCAAAAGACUUAGGUUCCUACAAUGUGACGAAGACAAUCCUUAAGAAUGCUGUGUCAAAAGGAGCAGUAUGUUUGGAUGGAUCACCUCCAGCAUUCCAUUUUGAACCUGGAUUUGGCAAAGGAAUUGGAAAUUGGAUUGUACAACUUUCGGGAGGAGCAUGGUGCACAAACGUCAAAGAAUGCCAGGAUCGUAUUUGGGACAAGAACGUCGGUUCUACAAAUUUUACGGAUUCGUGGAAUUUUCAAGGAAUUUAUAGCGAGAAUUCGACUGCAAAUCCAGAUUUCUACAACUGGAACAAAGUGUUUGUUAGAUACUGUGACGGUGGAGCGUUCACUGGAGAUGUUGAAUACGUUGAUCAUGUUACUAAUCUCCACUUCAGAGGCGCGAGGAUUUUUGAAGCAGCAAUGGAGGAAUUAUUGGCAAAAGGAUUAAAGAAUGCCAAAAAUGCUAUUCUUGCUGGAAGUUCAGCCGGAGGAUAUCCAACAAUGCUAUAUUGUGAUCACUUCCGCAGUUUAUUGCCAAAUACUCUUAGAGUGAAAUGCUUAGUUGAUUCUGGUUACUUUAUCCAUGCGAAGAACCCUAUGCAAGCAAGAGGUUUCGAGAAAAUUUAUAACUCACUUCUCACUUUACAUGGAUCUACCAAAGCGCUACCCAAAUCAUGCACUUCAAAAAUGAAUCCACUAUUGUGCUUCUUCCCCGAAAACAUGCAACAACAUAUCAAGACACCACUUUUCAUUGCGAUGUCAGCAUUUGAUUAUUAUCAGAUGAAAACUACUAUAGACCCGAAUGCAGACCGAUGCGUUGAAAACAGGACAUGCACUGAGCGUCAAAACAAGGCCUUUAGAGAGUUUAGGUCGGAAUUCUUAAGUGCUCUGCCCAAAUCAAACAAUCCUAAGUUGAGAGGAGUUUUCAUUGACUCCGUAAUUCAUCAUUCAGCGCUAUCAUAUAGGUGGACUCUUGAAAACGCCAUUAUGAUUAAUAACCUGUCUGCACCGAAGGCAUUUGCUGAUUGGUACUUCGAUCGAAAGUACUGGUAUGUAAUAGAUAAGCAUGACCUGCCAAUCCCUACAACAAAAGACUGAAGGGCAUAACCAUAAGUAGGAUAAUCUUUAUGGCUUAUAUUUAUUGCAAGAAAUCGAUGUGCAAUUUUAGAAUCCAUUUAUGUCAAAAUUUGCUGACAACUUUUGAUGUCUGUAAAUUGUUGCCAAUAUAAUUGUUAACAAGGAUGAUCACUUCGACCAAAA